AUUCUUUACGUACAUAGAGUUGCACAUGAUGAUAUGUUUAUGUGAAACACAGUAUUUUUGGAUCUGAUAGUCCAGGAUGGACUGACAAGCAGACCAGCGGUGUCCUUAUCACGUGAUCCACUCAGCUCUGCUCCAGCGGACGUGUGCAAAAUGGAGGACCGUGAAACUAAAGAACCAGAGCAGCUCAGAAAGCUGUUUAUUGGAGGUCUGAGUUUUGAAACCACGGAGGAGAGUUUACGGGCCCAUUUUGAGCAAUGGGGAACUCUAACGGACUGUGUGGUGAUGAGGGACCCCAACAGCAAGCGUUCAAGAGGAUUUGGCUUCGUAACAUAUUCUUCUGUAAGGGAAGUCGAUGAGGCUAUGAAAGCAAGGCCUCAUAAGGUAGACGGCCGCGUUGUUGAACCCAAGAGGGCCGUAUCCAGAGAGGACUCCAACAAACCAGGUGCCCAUCUUACAGUGAAGAAGAUCUUUGUUGGUGGUAUUAAAGAGGACACGGAAGAGUACCACAUCCGCGAGUAUUUUGAGAAAUAUGGAAAGAUAGAGUGCAUUGACAUCAUGGAGGAACGCUCCACUGGAAAGAAGAGAGGAUUCUGCUUUGUGUCCUUUGAUGACCAUGACACUGUAGACAAAAUUGUUGCUCAGAAAUACCACACAAUCAACUUCCACAAUUGCGAGGUCAGGAAAGCACUCUCAAAACAGGAAAUGAAUGCCAUAUCCAGUAAUAGGGGCAGGAGUGGAGGAUCUGGAAACUUUAUGGGAAGAGGUGGUAAUUACGGAGGUGGUGGCAACUUUGGCCGAGGUGGCUAUGGUGGAGGACGAGGUGGUUAUGGCGAUGAUUUUGACAAUGGUCCAGGAGGAAAUUAUGGAGGAGGACCGGGUUAUGGAGGAGGUCGAGGCGGCUAUGGAGGUGGUGGUCCAGGGUAUGGCAACCAGGGUGGUGGGUUUGGUGGCAAUUGCGAUGGAGGUUAUGGAGGCAGUGAUGGAGGAUAUGGAGGUGGUGGAAAUUACAAUGACUUUGGAAAUUAUGGUGGACAGCAGUCUAACUAUGGGCCCAUGAAGGGAAACAACUUUGGUGGCAGAAACUCAGGGGGACCCUAUGGCGGCGGCUACGGCUCUGGCGGCGGUGGAGGCGGCUAUGGCUCACGGCGAUAUUAAAUAUUUCAUGUUUUGAUGUGGAAAGAGGAAUUCUCUUCUUGCUGAAAAUCUGUAAAGACCUGAUAACAUGGAAGGUUCUGGAUGGGUAAGACUUUUUCAAAAUAUUAUCCAAGGCUCCUCAUAUAUUAAUCUAACAGUGCUUAUGGUUAGUACACAAGGUGCAAGGGUUCUCUUAAGGUAAACUGAGCAGGAUGACCUUAACCACACUGCUUCCAUCUUUUAUUACCUUUACUAUCAGGCAUAUAGCUCUGAUAAAGUUCAUAGUGAUGCAAGACCUGGGGAAACGGUAAGUUAUCAGGAGAACCAUUAUUUACUCAGUAUUCACUUUGUUAGAUAAACAUGUACAAUCUAUUGCCAUACUAUCCCAUACAGCAGAUCAGCCAUUAAGGCUGUCUUUAUGAAGUUUAUAAUGAUUGUUUUUUGUUGACAUAUGGUUGUAUUGGACUACAAUACUGUAUAUUGAGAGGUGUUUGUCCAACCUGUUUACAUACGUAAGGGAAGCAGAAUAUUAGAAACACCUGUGACUAUAAUGGAGUCCAGUACCUCAUCGUCACUAUGAUCUCAGUGCUAAAACAUGUAAUUACAUUGAUACCUCCAAUGUUAAAAAAAAACAACGUUAUUGGCAUCACAAAAUAUACUUAGUAGGGGCACAGUUGAAUUGUAUUGGACUCUACAGGCGUAUCUAUAUAAAGGGGCCACAGAGUGUGUGUAUAUACUAAUACCAGCUAUGACUUUGAUCACGCAGUCUUAAACAUAAAGGAAAAGUUUUCAAAUAAUCGAUUAUUACUACUAAUGCAGGUCAUAGUAUGGUAACAUAAAAGGGCUAGUAAUCAGCAGAUUGAUGAGCCAGUUUUAAAUGAAGGAAUAGGUGCAACCCCCCCCCAACCGCUCCUGUGAAAACGAAAAUACUUAACAUGACAUACAGUCACAUGAAUAUAUGCAAAACAUGGGUGAAAUGUGUCAGCUAAGUGGAACUGUGGUCACAAGCUGAAGUGAAAGCGUAGAUGAAACUUUUUCAGGAACUUUUUCAUAAAGUUCUGACAUUUGUUUACCUCUCGAGUUCAAGAUAACUUAAGUUGUCUGGGGAAAUUUUCUAAGGUUUCCCUAUUGGCAAUAUUGGGAAUUGCGAAGAUGUUAACAGUUAUAUACUAACUUUAAACAUGCACUAUCAAUGAAAAUCUAAACACAAAAAAUUGUAUAACAUUCUGGAUAACUUAUUUAUUUUCAAUACAUAUCAAACAUACUUUUUAAAUUGAAUCAUUUGGGAAUGUCUGUGUCAAACAUGUCACACGUGGUAGAUAAAUGACUUACAUGAUGACCUGCAACAACUUUUUAUGUGUUUUAACUGUGUUAUUUCCAAAAUUAUACAUGCAUUUUUAGGAUUCCAUGCAGGUCAGUCCUGCUCAGUGUGAAAAUGAGAAAAAUGCCUGCCAGUAUGUUUCUCAAUCAGCUGAAGGAUAGUGUUUCAACAGAGGAAUGCAGAAUGACCAACUCUGUGGCACAGAAUAAAACUGUGCUCUGCCAAAACACACUAGUGUCACUGAACCAUGCUGUUUUAUUUGUAAAUGUAAAAGUGUGACUUUUGCUCUUAAAUAAAAAUGUUCUCCGU